AUGACUACAAAACGGCGCGUGGCUGCAGCUGCAGCUGCAUCUUCUCCCGAAGUCAAGAUGCGCAGCCAGAAACGUCGGAAAGUGUCUGAUGAUGAAGUGGAUUCAGAAGACUACAACCGCGCAUUUUCAGCUCCUGUGGGCGAGAUAGAAGAGGAGGGAACCCCAGUAUCGCAGUUCACCGAAGAACCUGAGGUGAAUUUCGAAGAUGAUGAUAUGCAAACAGCGCAGGACAAGAUCAUGUCGGAGUUGACCCGACUCAAGGAUGACGACGGUGAAUUGGUUGCAUAUCCCUUCAUUGGAAAGCCCGACCGUAACCUUUACCGGGAUUACUAUGAGAUAAUUCAGUAUCCCGUUUCGUUGCGAAGUAUUCAAAAGAGAGUUCGCGGCACGGACAGCAGAAAGAAUGUCUCGAAAACCACCGCAUAUCCCACUUGGCAAUCCUUCGAGGAGGAAGUUGCUUUUAUUUGGCGAAAUGCACGGGAGUAUAAUGAGGAUGGCAGUGAAAUUUCUAAUCUUGCAGGUGUACUAGAAAAGUACUUUAAACGAAGAGUGGCGGAGGCCAAGAAACACGUUCCCGAUCCUGUUCAGGUAGAUGGCCACCCCGAAAUGCCUCGCAUCAAGUUGAAACUCGGCAUGAGGAAUCCGGAGCCGGUGGUACAAAAGUUGACGCUGAAAAUGGCUGGACAUAUCUCUGAGACUUCCAAAGAGGACACACUAUCAUCUGGAUUCUCUGUCGAUAACGAAUCCUUGAAAAGACAACAAGAGCUGGUUCGUGCUGGAUCAGGAAGCCAAGAGGUUGAUGCACAUAUGUCCCCUAGAACACGGUCCCUUCGAAGACAUAUCGGAAGCCCUCAAUCAAGCGCUGCCACAACUCCACUUGGUCGAGAGCAGUCUCAUGGUGUGGGGCGUGACAUGCUUGAAACAAUCAAGGACGAGGGCCCUAUUGCAUCGUCCCAACAAUCUGAGAUGUUUUCUAAUUCCCACGGCCUUCAUGGAGGCUUCCUCGACCUCUCCAGGGGUCUUCCUCCACAUGACGUGUCAACUCAGCAAGUCUAUGAGGCAUCACCUAUGGAUUCUCUCUUAAGACGACCAGGAUUUGAUGCCAGUUCUGCUUUGAUCCGCAACGUUCAAAUAAUGACACAUUCCUCGCUGUCUUUGCCACAAGACUUUUGCUUGGAUGUUGCUGCAUCAUCUACAUUUUCUCAGCAAACCAUCACUAUUAAUCUUCCUCCAUCACACCACAUGCUGACUGUUAGGCCCACGCUCACUGAUAGUACGGACCAACGGCAGAUCAAGAUUGUGGCUCUGGUAGGUAUGCAACGGCUUCAUCCAUCUAGGGAUUCAAGCACACUGUCAUAUGACAUACAGCUUCAUUCAGGCAUAACCAAGAUCGACUUGGAAGCCAUAUCUGGACCAGCCAGAGGAGUAGCAAAGUCUGGACCUCCAGGAUCUGAGGUUGAUUAUGAGCGAAUCACGGUUUUGUUUAAUUUGCUGCGAUGA